UCAUUCAUAUCGUCAUGCUCAAAUACUUGGUAUUUCUCAAGUUGGUUUUGGUUUUUGUUCAGCACAAACUGAUAUUUGCAAUUCAGCCCACCACAAAGAACAACCAUGUUUUAGCCGGCCAUGUUUUUCAAGCCUUUACUGCAACAGACUGGUUCAACUGUCUACAAACCUGCCAUGAUGAUCCAAGAUGCAUCUCGUACAACUACCAGAGAUCGGCAGAAGCCAACGGUCUGUGUGAAUUGAAUGACUGUGGAGUUGAAGACUUUUGCGACAGAGAAGGGUCUAUCUUUUACUCCCCAGGAUUUGUGUUUCAGCAGAUAAGGACGAGUAAAACUGACGAGUGUGCCGCUUCACAGAAGGAAAACAUCUGCGCAUUGAAUGACUCAGUUCCCACGAUUCCGCCUCAAAAUGUUAAAGAGGUGAACAAGACGAUAACCAGUCUUUUCAUCACGUGGGAUGUUGUACCAACCAAUCAGAAUCUCGAACUGAUCCCAGAAUAUAAAGUGAUUUACUCCUUAAAGUCCGGUAAGAAGGACAUUCAUGGGAGUGAGGUUACAGCUUCCACGGUUUAUAUCAACCUUACAGGGUUAAAAAUACACAGAAAGUACAACAUAACAGUGUUAGCAUUCAAUCAAUGUGGGGAUGGUCCUUCCAGCGCGAUGCUUUCAGCAAAGACAGACGAAGACAGACCCAAAGCAGCACCCCAAAAUUUAUCAGCCGAGAGAAAGAACUCAACAAGCAUAUUGGUCAGUUGGGAUAGAGUACCAAAUGGUAAACGAGAUGGGACAAUCAUAAGUUACAGGGUGAAUUAUACCCGAUCAAAGGAGGGAGCAGAAAGAAUGAGUAAAGAAGUAGACAAAGCAAAGCGGUUACUCUUGUUGACAAACUUAGAGGCGGAUUCAGAAUACGCAAUAACAGUGUCGGCGUCAACUAGUAAAGGGUACGGACCGGCCAGUGAACCUGUUAAGUUUCACGGCACAGACUGGUUCAACUGUCUUCAAGCUUGUCACGAUGAACCAAGUUGCGUCUCGUACAGCUACCAGAGGUCUGAAAACGCUAACGGUCUGUGUGAAUUGAAUGAUUGUGGAUUUGAAGACUUGUGCAACAGAGAUAAGUUCCUUACUUACUCGAAGGGCUUCGUUUUCCAGCAGAUAAAAACAAUUAUAAAGAAGGUUAACGGGUGUUUACCUUCCCACGGUAAAAACAGUUGCAUUUCGGAUAGAUCAGUUCCCAGGACUUCUCCAAAAAAUGUCACGAUGGUAAACAAAACGUACAAGAGCAUUUUUAUCACAUGGGAUGCUGUGCCAACGAAUCAGACAAAUGACGAAAUUUUCGGAUAUGAAGUAGAAUAUUCGAUAAUAGAAGGAGGUCAACCGGCAUGGGAGAAAAGAAAAGUGUUUAGUGUUCCCGACGUACAUUUCAACCUUACAGGAUUAAUUGUGAACAGAAGGUACGAAAUCAAAGUGCGGGCCUACAACCAGUGUGGGAAUGGUCCGUCAAGUGAGGUCCUCUGGGUAAAAACAGACGAGAGAAGGCCUAAGGUGGCGCCUCCAAAUAUUAGCGCAGUGAGAGUGAAUUCGUCCUGUGUACUGGUCUCCUGGGAAAGGAUACCCGAUGGUAAACGACGGGGCUUGAUACAGAAAUACAGAGUAAAUAUUACAUCAAAGAUCCCCAACGAAACAACAAGUCGCGAAGUACAAGCGCCAACACAGUAUCUGGAGAUCGUUGGCAUAAAUGUGGACUCAAAAUUUACCAUUACUGUGGAGGCUGCAAAUAGCAAAGGAUUUGGACCAGUCAGUGAGCCUGUUAAUAUAACUGCUGUUCCGUAACAACAUCCUUGGAACAAUUUACGAUACCAAACGUGAUGAUCUGUGAAAUUUUUUUAAUGUACAGGGUACAAUAAAGGAAUUAUCGCCAA